AGUACCUGGACCUGGUGGGGGCAGCGGGAGAUCAGGCAGACGGCGGGCCAGAGGAAGCACCCUGCCACCUGUCCACCUCAGAACAGCAACCCCUCCCCCAGCAGAGCAGGGGGCACCACCAGCAGAAGAAGGCAAGGCACCAGCAGAGAGAGAGGUUCCAGCAGGGGAAGAGGAGAUCCCAGCAGACAGAGAGAGGAUCCCAGCAGAGGGGGAGGUACCAGUUGAGAAAGGGGACGCUCCAGCAGAGGGAGAGGAGAUCCCAGCAGAUGGAGGGGAGAUCCCAGCAGACAAGAGGAGAUCCCAAAAGAGGCAGAGAAGAUCCCAGCAGAAGGAGAGGCGCCAGCAGAGGAAGGGGGAAGCUCCAACAGGACCAGCUGAGGGAGAGGAGGCUCCAGCAGAAAUGUGGGCAGCUCCAGCAGGGAAGCAGCAGAACUCUGCAGCGGGAAAGGGGAUCGGAGCCGGGAAGAGGGAACCCGGAUGAGGAGCUGUACAACACCAUCCUGAUGCACCAGUCGGCCAGAGCCCGGAUUGAAGACCAACGCAGCAACCCUCCGGCCCGCAGCCCUCGGGACUUCUUCGACCUGCUGGAGCGGCUGCAGGAGAGGCGGAUGGACGAGCAGCGGGCGGCCCCCCCUCCCAGCCUGGGCCCGGGCCCCAAGCGCGGGGGGAGCCCCCCCCGCCGACGAGCGGCGGCCAUCCGUCUUCAUGCCUCUGCUGAAAGGGCAUGUCCCAGAGGCGGACCAACUCUAACUAGGCCCCAGCCUGAGGGGGUGGGUGGGGGUGGGGCGGUUUGGACCCUUGCCCACCCCUGGGGUGGUUGGGUGGGCUGGGGGGGGGGGCAGCAAAAAUCUGUGGGACAAUAAACGAGACCAGAACCAGUCAUCAGGCAUGGCCUGGCCAUUAGCAAUGGUCUUCAACUGCUGGCCCUAUGAAAGGGGGUCCCCUUGCCCAUUUAACCCUGGGCGGGCAAUGUCUCAGGGAACAGAUACCAGCCCCCACCCACCCUGCCCCCCUCCCCCGCUUCAACACCCCUCUCCCCCACCACCGACACCCCACCCCUAGGGAGAGCACUCCACCCCACCCCACCCUCCCAAUUAAACUCCCUCCCACCCACCAUUCUCAUCUCUGCCUCUCCGACUCAGUCCAGCUGCAUCGCAGGGAAGGACCCGGGAAGUUUCCGGUGGCUAUGCAAAUGCAAGUCGUCACCAGUUCUCUCAUUGCCAACCCCCUUCUUCCCACCUCCCCCCCACCCCCCCCAGCCCACACCAUGCCCUCUUGGGGACAGGUGGAAGAGAGAGGGGGCCACAAGAGUUAAUUUCCACCUGUCCCACCGCCCCGUCCCUCAUUGUAGGUUGAGGGUGAAGCCCCGGUCCCCCUGACUCCCUCCCGCCACCUUAACUCCUCAUUAGUACUCGGGCCUUGGGACUGCAGUGGCCUACCCCUCUAAGAAAGCGGGGUGGGCCACUGCAGUCCUUCUGGUGAAGGUGUCUCAGAGUCGGGGAGGGAAUUCCUGGAUUCGGACCCAGUGCCGAUACAUUUUCCAGAUCAGGCAGUAGGGAUGACAACAGCAGGUAGUGCUGCUGCCACACCUCCAGUGGUCCUGGGCUCAAGUCCUGAGAGGAUGGGGUUGCACUGGCACAGCCGAGAUGGGCAGAGCGGCCACCCACUUCUGGCUGUGUUGGAUGGGGAAGCAGGCGUGCCUUGGAGAGGGGAACCUGCUGGUGGUGGUGUUCCCCUUGCGCCUCAGAGACCAAGCAGGUUUGGUAUUGGUAUUGGUUUAUUAUUGUCACCUGUACCGAGGUACAGUGAAUAACUUGUCUGCAUACCGAUCGUACAGGUCAAUUCAUUACACAGUGCAGUUACAUUGGGUUGUUACAGAGUGCAUUGAGGUAGUACAGGUAAAAACAAUAACAGUACAGAGUAAAGUGUCACAGCUACAGAGAAAGUGCAGUGCAAUUAGGUGCAAGGUCACAACAAGGUAGAUCGUGAGGUCACAGUCCAUCUCAUCGCAUAAGGGAACCGUUCAAUAAUCUUAUCACAGUGGGGUAGAAGCUGUCCUUAAGGCUGGUGGUACGUGCCCUCAGGCUCCUGUAUCUUCUACCUGAUGGAAGAGGAGAGAAGAGAGAAUGAUCCGGGUGGGUGGGGUCUUUGAUGGGUGGGGUCUUUGAUGGUGACGUCAGAGUUACCCGCAGUAUGCAAUGCAGAGACGGUGCACUCCGCAGCCACUGUGUGCCGGCAGUGGAGGGAGGAAGGAGUGUCCAAUGUUGUCUCGGGUGUCUCAUGUUUGUAAAUGUUUGAUUGUGUUGUACUGGAAAUGCUGCAGACUGGGCACCGUUGACAGGGUCUGCUCCCUCCAACGUGGCAUCCAGCUUCCUGGAGACAUUUUGUUUUUCAAAAAUAAAUGUUAUUCAUAAAAAUAUACCUGAGAAGUACAAAAACAAACCGGUGCAUGGUUGUCUUUGCAUUCAAAGUAUCGUUCAGUGCACACAUUCACAGGGGAGGACUUACCACCUAUCACCUCUCAGCCUCAGUCGCUGCAUCCACCCCUCCUUCCCCCACCUGCCAAUCAACCCCUCCCCAGCCAGAUCCACCUCCCACUUGCCCGAUCUUGCCUCCCCCUUUACCUCGUGAGAGGCUCUCUCUGCCCUCUGCUCUUUCCGUCCUCGACCCAAAACCUUGACUGUCCUCUUCUCUCCACAGACGCUGCCUGACGCACUCCUUCCCUCGGGGAUCUUGCUCCAUCAUUCAGCUGACCUUUUACCUCCUGCCCCAAUUUUCCAUGUCUCCCACCCCCACCCCCCAUACCCUUAAUAUCUACUGAUAUCUGCCUGGAGUUAACUCAAGUGUCGAGCCUCCACAUCCCAGCAGGGCAGAGUAUUCUAGAGGUUCACCGCACUCUGGGAGAAGAAAUUUACCCUCAUCUCCGCCCCCUUGUUCUGAAAACUGCGAGCCCUGGUUACAGACCCCUCAGCCAGAGGAGACAUCUUCCCCAUCUUCCAGCCUCUCCAGUCCUGUGCAAGCUUCAGUGAGAUCUCCUCUUGUUCUAAACUCUGGAGAACAUGUCCACUCAAUCUUUCCUCCUGCAGCCAACUCUGAGAGUAGUAGGAAUGCAGCGUUGAGGCUCCAGUCAGAUCACACCAGGGUCACUGAGUGUGGUGAAGAAGGCACUUGGUACGCUGGCCAGACUCGAGGGAGAGCUUGGGGCAGGCUAGGACUUCAUAGAACACCACAGCACAGUACAGGCCCUUCGGCCCACCAUGUUGUGUCAACAUUUUAUCCUGUUCUAAUAUCUAUUUAACUCUUCCCUCCCACAUAGCCCCCCAUUUCUCUAUCAUUCAUGUGUCUAUCUAAGAGUCUCUUAAAUGUCCCUAAUGUACCUGCCCCCACAACCUCUGCAGGCAGUGCAUUCCACGCACCCACCACUCCCUGUGUAAAAAACUUACCCCUGACAUCCCCCUUAUACCUUCCUCCAAUCACUUCCUCGGAGCAUAGGAGACUGAGGGGUGAUGUUGUAAAGGUGUAUAAAAUCAUGAGGGGCACAGAUAGGGCGAAUGCACUCAGUAUUUUUCCUGGGGUCGGGGUAUCAAGAACUAGAGGGCGGAGGUUUAAGCUGAGAGGGGAAAGAUUUAAAAGGGACCUCUUCACGCAGAAGGUGGUGGGUAUAUGGAACCAGCUGCCGGGGAAGUGUUAGAGGCAGGGACAACAGUUAAAAGAUAUUUGGGCAGGUACAUGGCUAGGAAAGGUUUAGAGGGACAUGGGCCAAACCCACCUACAUAACUACCUUCUGCCUCUCACCAGGACCACCCGCCAGCUGGUGCUCCUCCCCUCUCCCCUUUUAUUCUGGUCUCUGCCCUCUUCCUUCCCAGUCCUGAUGAAGGGUUUCCACCCGAAACAUUGACUGUCCAUUUCCCUCCAUAGGUGCUGCCUGACCCGCUGAGUGUCUCCAGCGUUUCGUGUGUGUGUAUAUUGCUCCAGAUCUGCAGAAUCUCUUGUGUCUCCGGGCAGAUGGGCCAUCUCAGUCAGCAUGGACAAGUUGGGCCGAAGGGCCUGCUCCCUUGCCGUGUGGCUCUAUGGAUGGUGGAGCUGCAGUGACCUCCACUACCACCUCCCACCCACCACCCCCGCUCCUAAUCAGCCAAGCAUUGCACGUCCCAGGCGCUACACAAGCGAAGCAAACCACCCAACCGACGAAUAUCGGGGGGAGGCGGGGGCGUGGUUUCCCCGCGUCGGCCAAUGAGGGCGGAGCAGGGCGCCGGUAGCGGAGGGCGCCGUGCGCCUUUAAGGUGGAGGAGGCGGGGCGUCGGCCGACCUGCUGGCACCGCCCCUUUAAGCAGCCGGCUGGGGUGACGCGGCGCUGGACUCGGGCUGAGCCACGUCACACCUCAGGGUCCCGGGCUCGGCGGCGGUUCCGCAGACAUGAUCCUGAUGACCAUGAUCGCCCGGGUGGCGGACGGGCUGCCUCUGGCCGCCUCCAUGCAGGAGAACGAGCAGUCCGGACGGAAUCUACAGGAGUAUCAGAACCAGGCGAAGCAGCUGUUCCGGAAGCUGACAGAACAUUCUCCGACACGGUGCAGCCUAGAGACGGGCUCCCUAAUGUUCCACUACCUGAUCGACCGGAGCGUCUGCUACCUGGUGCUGUGCGAGGGCAACUACCCAAAGAUGGCCUACGCCUUCCUGGAGGACCUGCAGGCAGAGUUCAGCGAGCUGUACAUCAGAAAGGUGGCCACCGUCUCCCGGCCCUAUGUCUUCAUCGAGUUUGACACCUACAUCCAGAAGCUGAAGAAGUCCUACAGUGACUCGUGGUCCCGACGGAAGCUUGGCUCCAUCAACACAGAGCUGCAGGACGUCCAGCGCAUCAUGGUAACCAACAUUGAGGAGGUCCUGCAGCGGGGGGAGGCGCUGUCAGCUCUCAACACCAAAGCCAGUAACCUCUCCAGCCUCUCCAAGAAGUACCAGCUCGACGCAAAGGAGCUCAACUCCAGGUCGCGCUUCACCAAGGUGGCAGCCACCGGCGUCUGCAUCUUCGUGGUGGUCCUCUACUUCUGGUGGCUCUGAGACCACAGCUGCGGGGGCGAAGGACACGGCAGUGAACCGGGAACGCUGCUGGGUAACUGUGGAAGGGGUACCGUGUGCCCGCAGUGUAAACGUGACUCAGCAGUGCGGCUCCUGGUUGGGGGCACUCCCCAUCGCUGGGUGGGGUGAGGGGUGGGUUGGGGUUGAGGCUGGAGAAACGGGCAGUGCCUGGGUUUGUGACACAGUGCUGGUUCCCAGAUCUGCAGGGCAGCUGUGGGAGGAUGAUGCCUCCCCUCUGCGCAGUGCAGGUUAAAUAUGGAGAGAAGCUCCCUCAACACAGUUAAAGCUGUCUGUGAGCUACAAUAACAGUGAGCUACGGUUUGUUUUUAAACAGCCCCCG